UCUGGCCGCCUAGUAGUACAUUCGGGUCGAGUCGAUUUGCGAGGCACUGGGACUGAGUGGGAAGUCAAACAGGAACAGCCGGGGAUGUUGGAUGUUUUCUUUACUCCCAGUUUCAUCUUAAGGACUUAAUUAUUGAAUCAGCUACAGACCUGCUAACUUGUGUAGGUGAAGAACAAACAUUAAAAAUGCUGGUUGGAAGGCUCUCCAGAAGUGUUCCAUUGUUGAGCAAGGCCCUCACACAAUGCAGAUGUCCUUGUCAUUCUAACUAUCAAGCAGUAUCCCCAACCAUGUCUGUAGCAAGGAACUAUUCAGAUAACAGGUCUGUGAGUUUAUCUUAUGGUGUUCAUGAACCAAAGCGACUAACAGAUUCUAGUUAUCACCCGGUGCUUGUCUUACAUGGUGUGUAUGGAUCUCGGAAAAAUUGGGAGUCUUUGGCAAAACGUAUGGCAUUGGAGCUGUCUAGACCAAUUGUGACCAUCGAUGCUCGGAACCAUGGCCAGAGUAGCCAUUCAGCUAUCAUGAACUACGAAGCAAUGGUCAAUGAUAUUUUAUCCCUGUUGGAGCUUGAUCUCAUGACGGAUCGAUGUGACCUCGUGGGGCACAGCAUGGGAGGUCGUACUGCAAUGGCUCUUGCACUUUCUCAUCCUGAAGUCCUGAACAAGCUUGUGGUAGUAGAUGUCACCCAUAAAGCUGUUGAGACUGGCAGAGAUACUGUUAGCUACAUCCAAAUCAUGAAAGAUGCCAAGCUGGAUCAUGCUGCGUCUUUGAGUCAGGCUAAGAAGGAUUUAAAUGUACAGCUACAACCUGAGAUUCCAGAUACUGGUGUACGGAACUUUUUACUAACCAACCUAAUCCAGGAGAAUGGUCAUCUUAGAUGGAGGGUAAAUCUAGAUGCUAUUGGGGAUAACAUGGAGCAUCUAAAAAGGCUCCAUAUACCACCAGGAGCAUGCUACACAGGAGACACACUCUUUAUAGGAGGAUCUAAUUCUAUCUACCUCAGACCUGAAGACUAUCCAGAGCUCAGGAAUCUCUUCCCCAAUGCCAGUUUUGAAUCUAUAGAGGGCGCCGGUCAUUGGGUUCAUUCAGAGAAGCCUGUAGAGUUUCUUCAAACCAUUCUUCCAUUUCUCAAGGAUUCUUCAUGAUGUAUGUGUGGAUUCAGCUAUUGGGAUUCUAAUGGUUCUGCUGAAAAUAAAAACAGGGUAAUGUGGAAAACAGGCUACAAAUUGAAGAAAAGAUUAAAUGAUGUGUUUUUGUGUUUUGCCAGUCAUUCUUUUAAAACACUGACACUGAUAUUAACCUGGCCAGUGAUGUAAUGGAUUGGUAGGCUCUUGACCGUUUUUCUAAUUCUGUCAUUUGAAAUGUGUAACUUAAAAAGAAAUCUUUUAUAGAGGUUUUACAGUUAAUGAAUAACAGUAAAUAUGAAAGAUAAAUCAACAAUUUAACUUCCUUGCUUUCUCUGGCCAAUCAAAUUCAGUGGUAUUUCCAGUAAAGUGAAGUCUUUCCAGUUGUCAGUGGUGUCUCCUGUAAAUGAAUUCCCCAAUAUCAUACCUCCUUGUAUGCUUGAAACCUGAGACGUGCAAAGUGAAUCACAAUCAGAGAGUUGCUUGUGUCCACUGUGGGUAAAGAGCAUAUAUUUAGUUGUAACCUCCAUCAUAGGAAACAACAAAUGUGGAUUAGAAUAAGAAAUGUGCCACACUUUUGCUACUUCUGUAUUUCAAUUUCAUUAAUAAUUAUAAAAGGUUAAUAUUUAAAUUCAAUAGUGUUAAGAGGUGAAAUAUCAAGAAUUAUUUUGUUAUAGAGUUUGGUUCAGUUAAUUAAUUUUUUUUAACAUUAAUUUUGUUUUAGAUGAUUGAUGAAAAUAAUAAGAUAUUUCCUUUGUAUGCAGAGGUACUGUGUCUGUUUUAAGAGGCCUUUUUUUUCAAAUUUAUUUUGAAGGCUAGCAAUUAUACGUAAAAUAUGAUUAGAAUUUAGAAAGGGAAAAAAAGAAGGCUUGGAAAAAUAUUCCAUUUAAAAGUGCAGCGUAUAUGCUGUUCCUGAAUGGAAGCCAUUUGUUGGGACUCAACAGCCUUUACCACCACCAUGUGUACGUCCGUGCCUUUGCUCGUAAAUGCACUUUGACCCUCCGGAAAACGUACGCAGA